AUGGCUCUCGACGAGUUCUUUUUAUCUAAACAGCCCGUGAAUGAUGAAUCAGUUCUACCAUGGUUAUCCCCCAUUUCUGAAGGAAUAAGCAGCCCUUCCUUCCAAAAUUUUGACUUGCCUCCUUCCUCUGCGUGCUCUUUCUCAUUAUCUUCUGUAACUUCUGGCUCUGAUAAUACUUCCAUAUUUGAUAUGGACACGAACGCGAACGAUAAUUCUUAUGCCUUGCCAAAAUUGCUCUCAAACAUGAAAAAAGAAACACCUUUGCAAACCCACGAUGUUCCUUCAAAAGGAUCUGAUGUCCUAACAGCUUCUCUUGUCAUUGGAAAACUCGGGUACGCAAAGUUGAUCCACCAACAUCGUAAGCUUUCCUAUUCCAGCCAACGUAAGCAAGAUCGUGGCCUUAUGGCAAUGGUCUUAUCAAGAUCUGAAAAGCAAGAAGAACGAGAAAAUCACUCUUCGGACGCCAGAGACGCUAUCAAGAGUGCUCUUCGAAAGAGACUCCGCCGCCGAGAAGGACGGGUUCAGAAAGCCCUAAAACCUGCUCCUAUCUUGAUUUGCUCUAGAUGCUCUGCUACUUUUGAUCAUCAAUUCGCUCUUUCCUUGCACGAAAACGAUUGUUUCAAUCAAACCAGCUUCAAACUAUCUGACUUCUUCGUAAACGACUUAUUGGGAACUUCGCUUUUUGAAUAA